AUGAGAUCCAGCACCCUCCUUGCCCUCACGGCGCAUGUCCUCACCGCCGCCGCCCUCGUCGCAAAAGACGGAAAGACCGGGAAGCUUCCCGCGUUGGGCUUCAACUCAUGGAACGCCUUCCGCUGCGACAUCCACGAAGACAAGUUCCUCAUCGCGGCGCAGGAAAUCAUAGACCUGGGCCUCAAGGAUGCCGGUUACGAGUACAUCAACAUUGAUGACUGCUGGUCGCUCUUCGGAACCGCGGACAAAGUCCACGCCCUCGGUCUCAAGAUUGGGAUCUACUCUGAUGCCGGAGACCUCACCUGUGCCGGAUAUCCCGGGUCUCUUGGCUAUGAGGAGAUUGAUGCGGAGACAUGGGAUGAGUGGGGUGUUGACUACUUGAAAUAUGACAACUGCAAUGUCCCCACAAACUGGACAGACGAAUACCAAUACUGGCCCGAGUACUGGUAUGGUGACCACGAGGACCAGGUCGGUGGUACCCCCGCCCCGGCCGGCUACGACUGGUCGACCUCAAAGACGGCGCUGCGCUACAAUCGUAUGCGUGAUGCCCUCCUGGCGCAGUCGCGUACGCUGUUGUACUCGCUUUGCAACUGGGGACACUCGCACGUUGAGCAGUGGGGCAACCAGACGGGACAGAGCUGGCGCAUGUGGGGUGAUAUUGUCCCCAUCUGGGAGGGGAAGGAUGAUUAUUCAUGGGGUUUUAUGCCAAUUAUCAACCAUGGUGUCUUCUUCUUGGAGUGGAGCAACUUCUGGGGACACAAUGAUCUCGACAUGCUAGAAGUCGGGAACGGCAACCUGACGGCCGAGGAGACACGAACUCACUUCGGUAUCUGGGCUGCCCUCAAAUCGCCUCUCCUCAUCGGCACACCCCUCGAUGUAAUUCCCGAAGAAGAUCUCGCGGUUCUCAAGAACUGGGAGAUCCUCGCCUUCAACCAAGACCCCACCUGGGGCGCUCCCGCCCUCCCCUACAAAUGGGGGAUCAACCCCGCCUGGACCUGGAACCAGACCCAUCCCGCCGAGUUCUACAGCGGUGGUUCCGAGCGCGGCAUCCACGUCUUCAUGAUGAACACGCUCAACAAGACCGUGACCAAGAGUGCUGUCUGGGGCGAGAUUCCCGGCCUCAAGGCAGGCAAAAAGUACGAGGUCACUGACAUGUGGACACACAAGAAACUCGGAAGCUUCUCCAAGAAGCUUGAUGUCAAGCUCGCGGCCCACGAUACCGCCGCAUUGUUGGUGACGGAGGUUGGCGGAAAGCACCCCUUCCCUAAACCGGCAGGAUUGCCAAAGCCGAAGAUUUACGAGACAAAGCCGAAGAGGUGGUUGGCACCGGAGCUCAUCUAA